GCCCCGAGCCCCGAGCCCGGACGCAGGAGCGCGCGGCGCCGACUCGGCGGGAGAUGUCCGAGCCCAAGGCCACGGACCCCAAGUUGUCCACCACCGACCGGGUGGUGAAAGCUGUCCCAUUCCCUCCGAGCCACCGGCUCACGGCCAAGGAAGUAUUUGACAGCGAUGGGAGGCCACGUGUCGACGUGCUGAAGGCACACCUUAUGAAGGAAGGCCGACUGGAAGAGAGUGUGGCCUUGCGCGUCAUCACUGAGGGUGCAUCUAUCCUGCGGCAGAAGAACCUGCUGGACAUCGAUGCUCCGAUCACAGUGUGCGGGGACAUCCACGGACAAUUCUUUGACUUGAUGAAGCUCUUUGAAGUGGGCGGCUCACCUGCCAACACCCGCUACCUCUUCCUCGGGGACUACGUGGACAGAGGCUACUUCAGCAUCGAAUGUGUGCUAUAUCUGUGGGCCUUGAAAAUUCUCUACCCCAAAACACUGUUUUUACUUCGUGGAAAUCCUGAAUGUAGACAUCUCACUGAGUACUUCACAUUUAAACAAGAAUGUAAGAUCAAAUACUCGGAGCAAGUGUACGACGCGUGCAUGGACGCCUUUGACUGCCUGCCCCUGGCUGCCCUGAUGAACCAGCAGUUCCUGUGCGUCCAUGGGGGGCUCUCCCCUGAGAUCAAUACGCUGGAUGACAUCAGGAAGUUAGACCGAUUCAAGGAGCCCCCUGCCUACGGGCCUAUGUGUGAUAUCCUCUGGUCAGACCCAUUGGAGGACUUUGGGAAUGAGAAGACGCAGGAGCACUUCACUCACAACACUGUCCGGGGCUGCUCCUACUUCUACAGUUACCCAGCUGUAUGUGAAUUCCUACAACACAAUAAUUUAUUGUCUAUUCUUCGUGCCCAUGAAGCCCAGGAUGCAGGGUAUCGGAUGUACAGGAAAAGCCAGACCACAGGCUUCCCAUCUCUAAUCACCAUCUUCUCUGCUCCCAACUACUUAGAUGUGUACAAUAACAAAGCUGCAGUAUUGAAGUACGAGAACAACGUCAUGAACAUCAGGCAGUUCAACUGUUCCCCUCAUCCAUACUGGCUUCCCAACUUUAUGGACGUCUUCACUUGGUCACUGCCAUUUGUGGGGGGAAAAGUGACUGAGAUGCUGGUCAAUGUCCUCAAUAUCUGCUCUGAUGACGAGCUUGGGUCAGAGGAAGAUGGAUUCAAUGGGGCGACUGCCGCGGCCUGGAAGGAGGUCAUCAGGAACAAGAUCCGGGCCAUAGGCAAGAUGGCGAGGGUGUUCUCGGUGCUCAGAGAGGAGAGUGAGAGUGUGCUGACGCUGAAGGGCCUGACGCCCACCGGCAUGCUCCCCAGUGGGGUCCUCUCUGGAGGGAAGCAAACUCUGCAGAGCGCCAUCAAAGGAUUCUCACCCCAGCAUAAAAUCACUAGCUUCGAGGAGGCCAAGGGCCUCAACCGCAUUAACGAGCGGAUGCCGCCGCGCCGUGAUGCUCUGCCCUCCGACGCCAAUCUCAACUCCAUCAACAAGGCACUGGCCUCAGAGACUAACGGCACCGACAGCAACGGCAGCAACAUCCAGUGACCAUCCCGGCACCUCCUGUCCUGGGCCACAGGGCUGCACGGCCUGUUCUGGUUGCGGGGAGUGGGGUGCACGGGCGCCAGGACAAGGAUCGAUUCCGUUUACACUAUCAUAAAACCGAGGG